CGGCCACGUGAGCCUCAUUUCUGCAUAGAUGCUGAAUUUACUGCCUCGUUAUUCUUGUCUCAGAUUCUAAGCAGUGGUAUUCCCGUUACAACUUGGGUUCUGCUAUAUUUCUCUGUCGAUUUUACGCCCCAAUUUCUUGUAAUCAUCUGCCACUCGGCAGUCCAACCCCGCAAUCUAACCAAAAAUGAAUGGGCAUCCACCGCCGAUUGACCCCUCCUACGAACCGUCAGUCUCUAUCGCCUCACUUUCAGCAAAUGCGCCAAUCGAAGAUAUCCUCACCAUCCUCGAAAGAGAUGGCGGUGUGAUUCUGACUGAUUUCGUGUCGCUGGAGGACCUGGAAGCUAUUGAUGUUGACGUCAAAGCGCAUCAGAAGGACGUUAAAUCGACUGAGAACAGUGCGUUGCACAUCAUCCCCAAGGAAACGCUCGCAGUUCCAGGAUUAGUGGGCAAAUCACCCACUGUGGCCAAGAUCUGCGAGUUCCCAGUACUGGAUAAUCUCCGAACAUCUAUUCUCAAGGAUAGUUUCAGCGUUAUCCGAGAGGACUUUGUCGAGGAUAACUCUAUUGACCCACUUUUGAGUAUCAGCAUCACCCUUCACAUCGGAUACGGCGCUCCGAGACAGAGGCUACACAGAGAUGACAACGUCCAUGGCAUCCGGCAUGGGGACAAGUUCGACCUCUCCAAAGCAAGUCAAUUCGCCUGCUUGAUUGCGGGGACCAAGACGACUCGCCAGAAUGGUGCGACCAUGUUCAUCCCGGGGUCUCACAAGUGGGACGACAACCGAACUCCACAGCUCAAUGAGAUAUGCUUUGCUGAAAUGGAGCAAGGGUCUGCCCUCAUAUUUCUAGCCUCUUGUUAUCACGGCGGUGGACAUAACUCUGUCCCAGGCGAGGUACGCAAGAUCCAUGGGCUGUUCUUUGUGAGGGGGACUAUGCGCACGGAGGAGAAUCAAUUCUUGGCGAUCCCACACAGCAAAGCACUCACAAUGAGCGACAAAAUGCUGUCCCUUCUUGGAUAUAAGAAACCUUCUACUGUGUUGGGUAUUGUGGAGAAUAAUGACCCGGCACUGAACUUGCCAGCCGUUCUGAAAAUGGCGAGUGCGUGAUGAAGUAAUGGCUCCGGAAUAGUGC